GUUGAAGCGAUGUGGAAGUAAUAGGCAAAAAGUUGGCAGUGUAAGAGGCAGAUCCCGCCCCACACACACACACGUACCGUCAACAAUGUCUGGGGCCCAAGAACAGCGGAGGCGUCGUCCCCCGAAAAUGUUCUUGGUGGUGUCGGACCUCAAGUUUCAGGACCAGUUGGAUGGAACCAUUCGGCUACUGCGGGGGAAUAUCUGUCAGGAGCAGGACGCGGGAAGAAGUAGGGGAGAACAAAUUUGGGUGAAGGUGCUAGAUUACGGCUGUGUGGUGAAGAUUGACAAGCAGUACCUCACUGAGGUUCCCAGUGAGCUGAGCGGCUUACUGGAGCCUGUGUCUGACCCCGAGUCCCGCCUCAAACUGCUGGCCAACCCCAGACAUCUGCAGCGUUUGGCUAGCUUGCCCAUGGGCACACCCCUCCUUGUCCACUUGAGCCAAUUGGGGGAGCCGGUGGAGGCGGAGCUUAGGUACAGAGGUUCAAUGGCCAGAGGGAGCAGCGCAGUGUUGUUCGGGAUCCAGUUGAAAGGGGCAGCAGUGGGUCGAGGGCUCAGUAACGGCUCCUAUAAGGGCCACCAGCUUUUCAUCUGCCCCGAGGCCUCCGCCCUCUUCCUCCCGGCCAAUCAGAUCUCCCUGCCGCGCUCGUCCCGCGGCAACAGCGGCGAGCAGCACGACCGCGACCACCCCAACAACGGUCACCACGACAACCACCAACGCCACCCCUCCGUCCGCGCACACCCCUCUCCCCCCUUCCCCCCCACCGCCGGGGUGAGCGUCCUCCCCAGGACGGCAGAGUCCGCCCCCCUCCAGACCCCGGCCCUGCCCCGGGGCCCCGCCUCCCCUCCACCCCUCCAGGUGGGCCAGCGGGUCUGCUUCCCCCCACUGAGGAACACGGUCCACGGGGGGGAGGUGCGCUACUGUGGGCCCCUGCCUGGACGGGCCUCCUUGGGGAUGUACGUCGGCAUCCUGCUGGACAUGCCGGUGGGGAACUGGGACGGGUCUCACAAAGGGGACAGACUCUGCCACAUCCCCUCCCCUCUGUACGGCCACCUGCUGCCCCUCUCCAAGGUGUCUCCAGAGCCUAAAUCUCGCCGCCAAGCUCUGCCCUACGCCAACCCCGCCCUCGCCCCCAACUCCAAACUGGUUCUGAAACUCACCCAGCCCACCCCAGGACCAACCCCACCCCCCGUUGCCCCCAAACCUGCCCCCUCCGCACCUCUCACCUCCCCCCCUAAGACCGCUUUGAUGCCCCCCCUGCUGCACUCUGCCAAACUGGUGCUCAAACCCCCGCCCCCAAACAAACCUGCCAAUAAACCGCUUCCCCUGCCACCAAUCAAAGCCCAGGACCCGCCCUCCCCGACGGUCCUCGACCAACCACAGCCCUUGAACGGAGCCUCUCCCAAUGCUCUGUGGUCGCCCGGCUACGGGGGCGUGGCGGAGGAGAACGAAGACCCGGGAUUGGAGGUUGAGCUGGAGGUGGGAUCGAUGGUGGAGGUGAAUGACCCGCCCCUUUUCGGAGUGAUCCGCUGGAUUGGUCAGAUCAGUGGCGUUCCGGAACCGGUGGCUGGAUCGAGCUGGUAGGACCAGGAGUUGACCGCGGGGACAGAUGGAAGUUACCUUGGCGAGCGCCACUUCCGUUGCCCCGCCAACAAGGGGCUGUUCGUCAAACUCCGCAACUGUAGACGGGACUCCCGGUUCCCCGCCCCGGAGAUGCCCGUCAACCAAGUGGAGCGCUGCAACUCCAUAGCGUUUGCCGAGUGGGGUAGUGAACGUGUGGAGGAGCUCACCCCCCCAGAGGAGGGGGAGGAGGCCAGGGAGAGGUACCAGGGCUGGAAGAGAGGCAUCCAGGGCCACCUCAACUCCUGCUACCUGGACGCUUCCCUCUUCAGUCUGUUCUCCUGCUGCAGCUCUGUAGACUGGGUGCUGCUGUGGCCCACUGACCCUGAGGACGGCUCCCACUCCAGCCAGGCCCAGGACCUCCUACGCUGUGAGAUAGUCAACCCCCUGCGCAGGUUUGGCUAUGUGUGUGCCAGUAAGACCAUGGCCCUCAGACGACUUCUGGAGGCUGAGAAUAGUGAUACCGGCUUCACCAACCAGGAGAAAGACCCAGAGGAGUUCCUUAACAAGCUGUUCCAGCUUCUCAGGGUGGAACCUCUGCUGAAGAUCAGGUCGAUGACCCAACAGCAGGAGUGCCACCUCUACCAGCUCUUCCCUCCCUCCGUGCCCCUGACCCCCUCCUCCCCCGUGCCUCUCUCCCCCCCCCUCUCCCCCCUCCCCCUCUCCUCCCCCCCCGCCUCCCUCAUGAGGGUGGCCAGUGUCCAGGUCCUCCUGGAGACCUCCUUCCUGCACACUGGACUCAAGUUCACUGAGGCCCCCUCCUGCCUCCCUCUGCUCAUGCCCAGAUUCGGCAAGGACUUCAAGAUGUUUGACGCCAUCUUGCCCUCGCUGAGCAUCGACAUCACCGACCUACUGGACGACACUCUCAGGCAGUGCAGUAUAUGCCAGGCUGUAGCAGAAUGGGAGUGCAUGCAGUGCUUUGACGAUCCGGACAUCACUCCUGGCAAGCUCAAACAGUACUGCCACACCUGCAACACCCAGGUGCACUCCCACAGGAAGCGCGCGUCCCACCGCCCCGGCCAGGUGGGCAUUCCCGGGGGCCCGUGGAGCGGGCCGCCGCACGCCGCCCGUCAGAGGAUGUCGCUGUUCGCCGUGACGUGCAUCGAGACCAGCCACUACGUGAGCUUCGUGAAGCACGGGCCCCGCCCUACCGACUGGCUCUUCUUUGACAGCAUGGCCGACAGGGAAGGCGGGGAGAACGGCUUCAACAUUCCGCAGGUGAGGGCGUGUCCCGAGGUGGGCCGCUACCUCAGCCUAUCAGAGGAGGAGCUGAGCAGGAUAGACCCCGUCUCUCUACGAGAGUCCGUUCGACGCCUGCUGUGUGACGCCUACAUGUGCCUCUAUCACAGUCCUGAGCUAAGCCUGUACAAGUGACACACGCAUUCACGUGUACACACACGUUUACACACAAUAUGCUUAGUGACAUAAUGCAGUAUAUUUACAUGAAAACUAGUGAAAUUCCUCGCUGAAGUGCCUUUUUAUAAGCACAAGCACACUUUCCCUUUUUGCACUGUAUUUUCUUAAUGCUGUUCGGAUUAAUCUUGCUCAUUUGUAAACCCACGCUGUGUCAGUAUUUUUUUCUAGAAUGAGUAACAAGAUACUGAAAAUGUUUGAUACUGAAAACUGUUGGUAAUAAAAUAUCUACU